AUGGCCUCUCAUUCCAAUGAUGCCCAAUCCAAAAGCAUCUCAGCUUACGGAGAUGCACGCUCAACGGUAUCCGGGAAAUGCCUAGACCCCGAAGAGGUCCGCAAGAUGAACAAGUAUUUCCACGCCAGCUUGUACCUCUGUCUCGGCAUGCUCUACCUCCGUGAGAAUCCUCUUCUCAAAGAGCCCUUGAAAGUGGAGCAUCUCAAAGCUCGACUUCUGGGACACUGGGGAUCCGAUGCAGGCCAGUCUUUUACGUGGAUCCACAUGAACCGCCUGAUCAAGAAAUAUGACCUGGAUGUGCUUUUCGUUUCUGGCCCUGGUCAUGGCGCCCCUGGAAUCAUCUCUCAGUCUUAUCUUGAAGGUGUCUACACCGAGGUGUUUCCUGACAAGACUGAGGAUGUAGAGGGCAUGCAGAAGUUUUUCAAGCAGUUCUCGUUCCCAGGUGGUAUUGGAAGUCAUGCGACACCUGAGACCCCCGGUAGUAUCCAUGAAGGUGGUGAACUUGGAUACUCUAUUUCACAUGCCUUUGGGACUGUCUUUGAUCAUCCGGACCUCAUCACUUUGACCAUGGUUGGUGACGGAGAGUCCGAGACCGGUCCUCUUGCGACGAGUUGGCACAGCACCAAAUUUCUCAACCCGAUCACUGAUGGAGCGGUCCUCCCUGUUCUUCAUCUAAACGGAUACAAGAUCAACAACCCGACGGUCCUUGCACGUAUCAGUCACGAGGAAUUGACUGCAUUGAUGGUCGGUUAUGGCUGGAAGCCCUAUUUCGUGGAGGGAAGCGAUCUGGAUAGCAUGCACCAGGCCAUGGCUGUCACUCUUGAGCAGUGUGUGAAAGAGAUCAGAGAGUAUCAGCAACAAGCCCGAUCAUCGAACAAGCCAUUCCGUCCCCGUUGGCCCAUGAUUGUGCUUCGCACGCCAAAGGGCUGGACUGCCCCGCGGGAAAUCGAUGGAAAACUACUCGAAGGUUUCUGGCGCGCACACCAAAUUCCCAUCACCGACGUCCUUACCAACCCUGCCCAUCUCAAGGUCCUUGAAGAUUGGAUGAAGGGAUAUAAGCCCGAGACGCUCUUCGAUGAGAGUGGCAAGCUUCUUCCAGAACUCAGGGAGCUUGCGCCUGCUGGUAAUUCUCGUAUGAGUGCCAAUCCGGUCGGCAAUGGUGGCCUUCUGCGCAAACCAUUGAGGUUGAAUGACUUCCGUGAUUAUGCGAUUCAAGACAUUGUCCCCGGUAAAUCCAGCGCAGGGGGUAUGGCCAACAUGGCUAAAUUCCUUCGUGAUGUAGUCGCGAAGAACAUGACUAAUUUCCGCCUCUUCGGCCCUGAUGAAACCGAGUCGAACAAGUUGGCCGAGGUCUACAAGGCAGGCAAGAAAGUUUGGAUGGCAGAUUACUUCGAAGAGGACAGCGAUGGAGGCAAUUUGUCUCCGAAUGGCCGUGUUAUGGAAAUCCUUAGUGAACACACUUGCGAAGGCUGGCUCGAAGGCUAUAUCCUGUCUGGACGUCAUGGUCUCAUCAACAGCUACGAGCCUUUUGUGCACGUCAUCGACUCGAUGGUCAAUCAGCACUGCAAGUGGAUUGAAAAGUGUCUUGAGGUCGAAUGGCGCGCCAAGGUCGCCUCUCUCAACAUCUUGAUCACAGCCACUGUCUGGCGACAAGAUCACAAUGGUUUCACUCAUCAAGACCCCGGAUUCCUCGAUGUGGUGGCCAAUAAGAGCCCCGAGGUGGUCCGUAUCUACCUCCCGCCCGACGGGAACACCCUACUGUCCGUUAUGGACCACUGCCUCCGCAGUGUGAACUACGUGAAUGUCAUCGUGGCAGAUAAGCAGGAGCAUAUCCAGUUCCUGAAUAUGGAAGAUGCCAUCGCACACUGUACAAAGGGUCUCGGAAUCUGGGACUGGGCCAGUAACGACCAGGGCGAAGAGCCAGAUAUUGUGAUGGCAUCUUGCGGCGAUGUCUCGACACACGAAGCUUUAGCUGCGACUGCACUUCUGCGCGAGCAUGUUCCCACUCUCAAAAUUCGCUUCGUGAAUGUCGUGGACCUCUUCCGACUUAUCUCGGGGAUCCAUCACCCGCAUGGCAUGCCUGAUCGCCAGUGGAAGGCUAUAUUCACCGACGACAAGCCAAUCAUCUUUAACUUCCACUCUUACCCUUGGCUUAUCCACCGAUUGACCUACAAGCGGCCUGGUCAGCACAACCUGCAUGUUCGGGGAUACCGCGAGAAGGGUAACAUCGAUACUCCGUUCGAGCUGGCGAUGCGCAAUGGAACCGAUCGAUUCAGUUUGGCCAUUGAUGCAAUUGACUUGAUCCCAUCUCUCGGUAACACUGGGGCGAGCGCCAGGGAGAAGCUGGCUAAUGCACGUCUCGCUGGUAAAGCGGAGGCUUUCGAAAAUGGUCUGGAUCCUGAGUAUAUUCGCAACUGGACCUGGCCAUACGCGAAGCAAUGA